CUUUUAAAAUCGCUAGGUAGCAAUUUUUGUUUAUGCGGUCAAAGGGCACGGGUUACCUGUCCGACAGUGUCAGUGUAUUUGCACGGCCCAGCUGGGGACAAUCGACUCACGUAUCAGAGUUAUCCUUCAUCCUUGCACGGAGAGACUCCUUUCAUGGACUCAGCACCGGCAUUCAUCAGAUAGAAGCAGAAUCGGCAAAUAUCAAAGUUGAAGAAAUGCCACAUACGAAGAAGCCCUGUUGCGGUGUGAGUUCUAGUGGACGUCAUGUGUGCGGUCUGUUGCUACGCAACUGGACGGCCAUUGGUCUCUAUAUCUCCGUGUUCUGCGUGAUCCUUCCGAUCUGUUGUCACAAGUGGUAUUUUUCAGUUUACUAUAACCAGAAACUCCACCUAGGUGGCGCUUCUCCUAGUGUUUAUGCUAGGAAGGUUAACGAUGAAUGUAUAGUACGAGCGGUGUCGUUCUUCUCACAAAAGCGUGAUGCACAAUUACCAAGAACAACUAACGAUGUGAAGAUGGUGAUUGGAUUUGUUACGAUAAAGAGGAAGGGAGAAAUAAAAGAUGGCGGGGACUAUAAACCAAGAUACCUGCUCCAAACUGUGGCGGGACUUCUUCAAGAAAGGUUGCCGGACACAAUACAUGUUCUAAUCUGCAACGUGGCAACCAACCCUUCUUCACAUACCGAUGCGGCCUUCUUAUCAAAAUAUGUGACUGUUGUGUCGAGAUACGGAAAGUAUGGGGCUGCCAAGCCACCGGGACAUCUUCAAGACAAAGAAAGAGAAGACUACAUCUUCUGUCUUAAUCAGAGUUUAUCUUAUAACCCCAGAUAUGUCCUUCUUUUAGAAGAUGAUGCACUGGUUGUACCAGGAGCAGUAGAUGUCUUAGUCUAUGUUGUGGAUAAGAUCGAAGACAGACGGUAUAGGUUUGAAGCGUCAAAAACUUUAGCAAAACUGUACAGUCCUUUAUCGUUACAAAGAGAUUUCUACACAGACAAGCCCAGUCGCAUUGUAAGAAACUUGUUAGAAUUACUAAGCAUAGGUCUAUUUGGAGGCUCGCUCCUCCGGAUACUGUAUACCUUACUAUGUGAGAGAAACAGAGAGAACCACCGACUUUUGGAUGGGUACUUUGUGGCAAGUUUGAUCUGCUGUGUUUUGGCAGCGCUGGCCAUUUCAAGACCACAUCUGUUAGAGCUCAGAAGAAUCUCAAAACAACUUUACAUGGUUCUAGAAGCCAACGACUGUUGCACACAGGCCAUUCUGUAUCACAGAGAAGUUGCUAAAAGUAUCGUAUCGCAGUUUGAAAAGGGCUUUGUGCCUGACUGGUAUCCCAUAGACGCAGGUUUAGAUUACCUAGCGGAGAAGCUUGGUCUCGCACCGGUGUGCGUGGAACCAAACCUGUUCACACAUAUCGGGAUGUACUCGGCUCUGCACGAGGGGGAGAACGUCUAUCUUAAAGACUUUGCUUGAUCAUCAUCAUAUAUUGAUAAUGUUGUGCCACAUAGAGGGCGACGAAGCACAAGGUGAAGAGACAAUGUUGUCAAACACUUGGCUAUUAUAUGGCAAAGACUAGUACGAGACGCGAUUUGGAAUGCGUAGAGACACCCCCUCCCCAGGACGAAACAGCUUUCUGGAUCAUGGAAUGAUCAUGAAUAAUGGGGUCAUCGUGUAGACUGUGGUACCACAACAUC